UAUUAGUUUCGUUUUUAGCAACAAUAUGACCUCCAUUGAAGCCGUCUUGGCCGCAGGCAUUGUGCACUUGUUUCUACGCUUCGCACUCUACAUAGAUCCUAAGACAAAGUUGGUGACUCCGGGACCAGAGUUGCCCACGUAUAUAGUCUAUGUGGCGCUGUUGGCGCUGAUCCAUGACACUCGUAUACUGCCCAGAAAAUUCAAUUACAUGUCGCCGAUCUUCAAAUGCAUUUGCGAGACGAUUGUGGCCAUAUUCUUGCUGGAAAUAAGCAUGCUGGUAUUCUGGAGAUCCAUAGAGCAUUCCAUUUAUUUAGGUGUCAAAUUCGUGCUAUUGUACUUUAAGAUUGUGUCGCCGGAGACGUAUGCCAAUCAUGAGACGCUGAUGAUUGGCGCCUUUACCUUCCCCUUGGCCGCGGUGCUGCUUUUCAUGGUGUUGCAGGUUCAUGCAGAGCACGCGGCGCGCUCGUCAGAAUAAAAUGAAUCGCGCCAUGAAGGAAUGCCAGCAGCGCAUGAAGAAGAAACUGAGGCAGACAGCCAUAGAAAGGAAGUGACAACGCAGCGUAUUUAAAUAUUUAUAAACAUAAGCUAAUGCUUUAAUUAAAUCAAUUCAGUAUUCGUUUUAUACAAUUACGGAAGAAGAAGCGUGUACAAAAUUAAUGUUCGUAUGCAUACAUAAUAAUAAUAAUUAAUUAAUUGAAA